AUGUCGACAACAGAGGUUGCACCUGAAACUGAGGGAGCGAAUCUCCUGAGAAGGAAUUCGGAUGAUGUGGGAUGGGAAUAUGGGGUUCUUGUUGAUGCUAUCAACAAGGACAAGGUGAAGUGCAAACUAUGUGACAAGGUGAUGCAAGGAGGGAUUUAUCGGUUGAAGCAACAUGUGGCCCAUGAAGGAAAGAAUGUGAUGAAAUGCAAGGCCAGAACACCGGAGGCUCUGGAGGCUAAAGAGAAGUGCAAGAAAGCACUAAAUGAUGCAAAAAGGAAGAGGGAGGAGAAGAUUGUUCGUGAACUAGAACUUAGAGAGGAAGUGAAUGUUUCUCGGGUUGGAGGUGGAGAGUCAGAAGAAGUCACUUGUAUUGGAAGUUCAGAGCCUCACAAAUUAGGACCCAUUGACAAAUGGACGCGUGCUAUUGAUCCUAAAGCAACCAAAUCUGAAUCUUUCACUCAACAGAAGCUGAACAAGGAACUUUGGAAAGAAAGAUUACAUGAGGUGCAUAAAUAUAUUGCAAGAUGGGCCUAUAACCAUGCAAUACCAUUCAAUGCAUGUGACAAUGAUGAGUUCAAGCAAAUGUGUGAAGCAAUUGGACAAUUUGGGCCUGGAAUUGAACCUCCAACUAUGUUUGACCUGCGAGGAAGAUUGCUAGAAGAAGAAUAUGCAAGAACCAAGAGUUUGCUGCAAGAACGUGAAGCCGAGAAGUUGAAGAAUGGGUGCUCUAUUAUGACCGAUGCUUGGUCAGAUAAGAAGAGGAAAAGCAUAAUGAAUGUGUGCACUAAUUGUGUUGAUGGAACCAGUUUUAUUUCCUCAAAAGAGAUGUCAGAUGUGUCACACACAAGUGAAGUCAUCUUUGAACUAGUGGACAAAGCAAUCGAAGAUAUUGGUCCAAAUAAUGUGGUGCAAGUUGUGACUGACAAUGCUUCUAACAACAUGGGAGCAAAGAAGCUACUGCAUGAGAAGAGACCACAGAUCUUUUGGACCUCUUGUGCAACUCACACAAUCAACUUGAUGCUCCAAGGAAUUGGCAACAUGGCUUGGUUCAAGAAGGUGAUUGACCAAGCAAAGACAUUCACCAUAUUUGUCUAUGGGCACACAAGAACACUAGAGUGCAUGAGGUACUUCACUGAAGGCAAAGAGAUAGUAAGGCCAGGAGUGACUAGGUUUGCUUCAAACUAUUUGACUUUGAACAGCAUACAAGAGAAGAAGGACCAACUAAGAAAUAUGGUGGUGCAUAGUAGGUGGGACUCAUUGAAGGAUGUGAAAUCAAAGAAGGGAAAAAAUGCCACAGCAACUAUAUUGAAUCCAAACUUUUGGAAGGAUGUGAAGUUGACAUUGGCUGUUUUUGAGCCAUUGUUCAAAGUUCUCCAUUUGGUUGAUGGAGAUGUGAAGCCGUCCAUGGGUUUUGUAUAUGGAGAACUAUUAAAGGCAAAGAGACAGGUCAAAGAGGCCCUUGGCAAUAAUGAGUCCCGUUUCAAGGAUGUUAUUGCUGUUGUUGACAAGAAAAUGGCUGGAAGACUUGAUUCUCCAUUGCAUUUGACAGCUUAUUUGUUGAAUCCACACUACAGUUAUGCUGACCCUUUAAUCUUUGAUGCUCCCAAAAUGACAGAAGGAUUUAUCAGUUGUGUGGAGACUUUUUAUUAUCAUGAUGAAGACAUGCAAGAACAAGCUGCCAACAUUGAACUCCAUAAGUAUCAUAAUAGAGAAGGACCAUUUAGCAAGAAGCUUGCAAGGAUUUUUGAAAACUUUGAUUAUAAUCUAGCAUCAUGGUGGCGGCUUUACGGAACUGAAACACCAGCUCUACAGAAGAUGGCUACCAAGAUCCUAUCUUUAACAGCAAGUUCUUCUGGUUGUAAAAGAACUUGGAGUGGGUUUGAUGGGGUGCACACUAAGAAGAGAAAUAGGCUUACUACAUACCGCCUUAACAAGUUGGUCUACAUUCAAUUCAACAACAGGCUGAUUAAUAAGAGAGCAAAGAUCAAGUCAAAGAAAAUUACUGAUGUUCUCUUGUCUAGUGAUACAACUGAAGCUCAAGGUUUCCUCCAAGAGAAUGGAGAUGAUUGUGCAUUAGUUGUAUUUAGAGAUGAGGAAGAUGAGGAAGAACUCAUGGAAGGUAUAGGGAUACCUUGGUCUAUGCUUGGAGAUGCAGUGGGAGCAGAAGAACAACUAGAGCUGCGUAGAAGUGCAAGGGUGAGAGAGCUCUAUGAAGAAGAGUUUGAGUUCGAAGAAGAAGAGUUUGAUGAAGAUGAGAAUGACUAUGUGAUGGAUGAACCCUACUGA